CCCAACUCUUGGCCCAUUUAUUUUAUGAACACAAGUCCGUUCACUCGAUCGGAAGAAAGAACUGAAAAUGGAAGAAACAGCCUCACAAAACCACCGCGAUUUCGCCGACGACACCAACUUUUCAGCCCAAGUUAACACGAAUUCUUCUCCAAACGAUGAUGCAAAUAAAACGUCUGAAGAAUCCGAGCUCAAGAAUACCAUUAACACGAAGAGCAGUGAAGCGUUGGCCAAAGCUUUGUCCUGUAUGUUGACUAGCGUAAUCAAAGACUUCGAUUCAAAGGCUCAAGACACUCUACACUCACAGGACCACCUCGCUUCCUCCAUCGAUCGUCUCACUCGAGAGCUUGAUCAAUUAUUAGAAGACGCACCCUUGCCAUUCAUUAUGCAACAUGCAGCAAAGAUUUCAAGCAUUAGAAAGAGAGUUUCAUCAAUGAAUUCAGUUUUGAGAUCCAUACAGCAGCGUAUUGAUAAUAUGGACCGAAUGUUAUCAGCUGGCAUUCACCAUGAGAAAACAGCAACAGAAAAUUCUUGACUACAUAAAUUUUUUUAAAGGAUUUCUUGAACCAAGGACGCAGAUACUUAAGAUGCCUCUUGAAACUGCCCCAAGUUUCUGCCCUUCAAAAUUUGAAAUUCUAAAAACAUGGUUACAUGAUGAUGGGAAGAGUGCUGAAACUGGUGGUACAAGGAGAUUCCUGUGGUAAGAUUUCAUUUUGGCUUUUGAUUUUGAAGUACAUUGGAAAUAAUGAAUCAUUAAUUUGGUAAAAUGAUAUAAUGUUGUGGAGAUUGUUUUAGAUAGACAGUUGAUUAUCAUCUUUAUGUACCAUGAUGUAUACCUAGUUAUUCUUUUAGUACUAAGAAAUCUCGUUGUCUAACUGAAAGUUCCAUUAUUUAGCUUAAAACAAGAUAUAAAUGGUAAAUUUUUCUGGU